AUCCAGUGAGUCAAGCAGCUUCAGAGUUCACUCUCACACUUCACACACACACACACACACACACACUGAGUGAGAACGCGCGAGCCUGUUCAUCUCCGGAGUCACGCAGCUGGAGCGGAGGAGCGGAGAUCCACACAGCGGCCACUUCUUUCCAACUCGGGGACACUUUUAACUUCAUGAAUGUGAGACACGGACAGAGAAAAGUUCUCUAAUGGAGUAUGCUGUCUUUUCCGCGCUGUGGUGGGUCACUGUGUUCAUGUCUACACUCACGCUGGGGAGGAACGCAUUCGUUGAGAUACCGGGCAGACUUAAUCCACCCAAGCUGUGUAAGUUCUGCGAUGUGCAGAUCUCCACCUGUAAUGGCUCUGGUACAUGCAAGGUCAACUGCAGCAUUACCGCCAUCUGUGAAAAUAGCGAUGAAGUCUGUGUGGCAAUCUGGAGGAAGAAUGAGGAGAAUAAUACAAUCGAGACAGUGUGUCACUCUCCAACACAACCUCUGUAUGGCAUGUUUCUGAAAGACUACAACAGCAGCACAUGUGAGAUGAAGGAACAAAAGACAGACAGCGGUCUGCUCUACAUCUGUUCUUGUGAAGAGGAAGAGUGCAACGAGAACCUGAAUUUUCUGCACAGUGCUAAAAGGAAAUAUUCUGGGGAGUCGUCAGCAUUAGAGCCAACUGAAAGCAAUCCAGGUACCCCAGAACAUGAGGUGGUGUUAGUCAUCUUAAUCAGCCUGCUGCCUCUGCUGGUUCUGGCUGUGGUGGUCGUGGCUUCCUUCUACUGGUACCGCAUGUACCGGCGUCGCAAGCUCAGCGAGUGGGAGACCAAGAAGCCUUCAAAACGCAAAGGUCCACUAGACUGCAGCGAUGCAUGCGCCAUAAUGAUGGAGGACGAUCACUCAGACAGCAGCUCCACACACGCCAACAGUCUCAACCAUAACACAGAACCACUGCCCAUUGAGUUGGACAUGCAGGUGGGCAAGGGUCGUUUCGCAGAGGUUUACCGGGCCAAGCUGAGGCAGAGCUCAUCGCAGCAGUUCGAGACAGUAGCUGUCAAGAUCUUCCCAUGUGAAGAGUAUGCCUCCUGGAAGAACGAGAAAGAUGUCUUCUCUGACAUUGACCUGAAGCACGAGAAUGUGCUGCACUUCCUCACCGCUGAAGAACGGAAGGUCGAGAGGCAGUUCUGGUUAAUCACAGCCUACCAUCCUCGGGGGAAUCUGCAGGACUACCUCACUCGGCACCUGAUAAGCUGGGAGGACCUGCGGAGGCUUGGUGGCUCACUGGCACUGGGCAUUGCUCAUCUACAUAGUGAGCGCACGCCCUGCGGAAGGCACAAAGUGCCCAUCGUCCACCGAGACAUCAAGAGCUCCAACAUCCUGGUAAAGAACGACCUCACGUGUUGCCUGUGUGACUUCGGCCUGGCUUUACGACUGGAUAAUUCCUUGUCUGUGGACGACCUCGCCAACAGUGGACAGGUUGGAACAGCGAGGUACAUGGCGCCAGAGGUGCUCGAGUCCAGAAUCAAUCUGGAGAACAUUGAGUCCUUUAAACAGACUGAUGUCUACUCCAUGGCGCUUGUGCUGUGGGAGAUCACUUCCAGGUGUAAUGCCAUUGGAGAGGUAAAAGAUUAUGAACCUCCAUUUGGCUCUAAAGUGCGAGAGCACCCCUGUGUGGAGAGCAUGAAGGACAACGUGCUCCGAGACCGGGGCCGGCCUGAGAUCCCUAACAGCUGGACGAAGCACCCGGGUGUGGCUUUGGUGUGUGCUACCAUCAAUGAAUGCUGGGACCAGGACCCUGAGGCUCGGCUCACGGCGCAGUGUGUGGCCGAGCGCUUCAGGGAGAUUAACGACGAUCUGGAUAAGCUGUCCACCCGCAGCAGCUCAGAGGAGAAGAUUCCAGAGGACUGCUCUGUGAGUGUCAGUGAUGACAAGUGAAAGAGUGGGAGAGAGAGCUAGAGCCCAUUUACUCUCACUCUGGACUGGGAGAGUGUUAUCUGAUGUCACAUCAUGUGAUCGACAAAGAAGAAUAACUCCCUCCAAACUACAGAAACUGGAAUACAUUCAGUAUGCUAUAAGCAAUGUGUGCUAGUGUGUGCAGGUGUGUAUCAGAGGCCUCGGGGCACAGGCCACAGGGAAAUGAAGUAGCUUUAAGCUUUAGAGGUGUCUCAUAACCAAAGACAUAAUGCACUUUAUCAGAUUGUCUAUGCAUAUGCAACAGUAAAGAAGCACUGGUGGCUUUAUUGCAAGAGGAUGUGGCUGGUGCUUCACUCCUCACAGCUCACCGAACAGGUAUCCAUAAGAGAUUUUAUAACAUGUACAGUUUGAUUUAGCACUGUCUGUGUUCAUGAAAAUGUGUGUGAGUGCAUGUGUGCUCAUGGGUUUGUGUGUAUGAAUGUGUGGAAGCAUGUUUGAUUCCAUGUGCAUAAACGAAUGUGGUAUGUUUGGCUAUGCUUUAACAAAGUUUUUUGUUGUUGUUGUUGUUUUUGCCAAAGAAACAAAGCACAGUGUAAAUAUAAGUAUUAAAUAAAUAAAUAAAAAUCAUAUUACAGCAUUGGAAAGGCAAAAAGGGAAUAGGACCCUGCUCUUGCACCAAGAAGUAUUUUAAUAAAGCAUUUCCAAAGGUGUAUCUUUCUAAAUAAUCAGGAACACAGUUAAAUUUGCCUUUCUUUUGGGUUUUUAUAAGCAGUAUAUUGUAAAUAUUUUAUGAUUAAAUAAAUUUGUUUACAAUG